UGGGUGCAUGGGAGGAGAUAAAGGACUCAUGCGAUAUUGCAAUGGAUGGAUGCAUGGCUGACACACGUUGCAAAGACCUCAUUGGCUCGGCAGUGUCUUCGUGUGACCCCCGUCUCUGCUCUCAAGACGCUUGUGCAUCCACCCUGAACCACUUCCAUGCCCAGUCUUCGACGGAGUACCAUGGAAACCUGGCCUUCUGCACUUGC